ACGCAGCCCAUGAAGGGUUCCGAGUAUGAUGUGAUAAUCCCUCUGAUUUUAUCAUUUUCGCCCAUGGAUACAGUAUACUUAAAGAUGAUACUGGAAUGCCUGAGGAAAUCUAUUAAAGGUUCCUGUAGGCUAAGUUAAAGCUAUAAUACCCGUGAUUAUUUUGUCUCGCUCAGCACGCUCUUUUUCAACGUGGCCACGAUCCCAGUUCGGGGACCGGAUCUGAAGAUCCCCAGACUCUUUCUGAAAAGCCCCUCCAGAAACUGUGGGUGCUGGCAGGUGCCAUGAAGAACGGGCAUUAUACCACAUAGGUACCUUGCCAGAUCAAGUGUGGGAAUAUACGUAGCAACAUCCGACCAGCCAUCUCAGGGGGAACACACGAUCUCUCCUUUUCAGGACUACGGUACUCGAUAGAACGCGCCGCCGGUGGUAUAAAAACUAAACCAAAUCAAUAAGUCGAGUAAGAUUAGAUACAACUCACUGCUCGCUUAUCCCCCCACAGUACUUGGGGGAAAGCACGAAGUGUAAUUGGCAUUACAGUGUGUUGAGAUCGUGGACAGCACCAGAACUUAAGCAGGCCAGCCUACGGUAUGUUCUAGCCACUUUUGUAGGGUGCAUAGGCGCCCCACUGUGGCGUUGACACCCCGCUUAGUUAUCUGAGUUCGUGGCGUGGGGAAGGCUCUGGAAUGGAUGAGCAAUGUCGGUUCAAGGGCUGGUUUGGAAAGGGUCUCAAAUUAGAAAUGACUUGUAUAUAAAUCUGUUCUUUCGGAGAACAAAAGCUCCCCCCUGGAUGAUUCUAAGCGCAAGCUAGGUUCGUUACAUACCAUCUCUUGGAUUCGGUGGGGUUCGGAGGCUGAGGUAACCUGACUACAUACUUUGAACUCGCUGCCUUCUCAACUUCACACCUACCAUCCUGCCUCUUCUCUCCGUUUUUUCCCCUUCCACUCCAUCUCUCUCCCAUCCAUCAGUACUACUAUCAUACCAUACCUCACUUCAUCCCUCAAGUUCUAUCUAUCUCAUUUACUUCUUCAUUUUUCGUAGACAAGAUGGCCGAUCACGAAGAGAAAAAGAAGGUUAAUCUAACGUAAGUUACCUCCAUUAGUAUUUGCCAUCCCCCAUCCUCAGCCUAUUGAGAAGAACCGAUCAGUUUCCUGAGAAGAUUCAUCAACUAACAUCUCUCUUUUCCUAUUAGCGAUGCCUCAGGCGCCAUACACAAAGAGGUAUAAAUUUGUCUACCGAUUAUCGGCUUAGCAUGUGGUUGAGUUUGACAAGAGCUUUGCUGAGUGGUUGAAUAUAGGCGGACGAAACUGCGACUGCAAUCUUAAAGAAGAAGAAGAAGCCAAAUAGCUUGAUUGUUACUGAUGCUGUUAACGAUGAUAAUAGUUUGUUACCCUAGCUUCGAGUUUUCGUGUUUGAGAAUUAACUCUAAUGGCGUCCUAGGUAUCAUUGCUCUGUCUAAUAAUACCAUGGAGACGCUUCAACUGUUUCGUGGAGAUACUGUUCUCGUCAAAGGAAAGAAGCGGAAGGACACAGUCCUUAUCGUUCUGGCCGACGAUGAUCUUGAUGAUGGAUCUGUGAGAAUCAAUCGCGUCGUUAGAAAUAACCUCCGAGUCAGACUGUUUGUCCUCCCCGCGUGACCCCGAAAUCUAUUUCGAGAGCUAACAUAGGCGUAGUGGCGAUGUCAUUACCGUACAUCCAUGUCCCGAUAUCAAAUACGUAUGUUUGAAUCUCCCGUCUGUAUGCGAUGGCUAGUGGCGAUGCUAAGUAUUUGUCCUUAGGCGAAACGUAUCGCCGUUCUCCCGAUCGCGGAUACAGUUGAAGGCUUGACUGGAUCUCUGUUCGAUGUCUACCUAAAGCCGUACUUCCUUGAGGCCUAUCGGCCUGUGCGUAUGGGUGAUCUGUUCACUGUUCGCGGCGGUAUGAGGCAGGUUGAGUUCAAGGUUGUGGAACUUGACCCGCCGGAUUACGGAAUUGUCGCUCAAGAUACUGUUAUUCAUUGCGAGGGCGAGCCCCUUAACCGAGAAGACGAAGAGGGAAACCUCAAUGAGGUUGGGUACGACGAUAUCGGUGGGUGCCGAAAGCAGAUGGCGCAAAUCAGGGAGCUCGUUGAGCUGCCACUCCGACAUCCUCAACUAUUCAAGAGCAUUGGUAUCAAGCCACCACGUGGUAUCCUCCUUGUAGGCCGCUCUCUCACGAAAUGUUGUUUUCUCGUUUACUAAUUGUUUAACUAGUAUGGACCUCCGGGCACCGGUAAAACUCUUAUGGCCCGCGCUGUUGCCAACGAGACUGGGGCAUUCUUCUUUUUGAUAAAUGGCCCCGAAAUCAUGAGUAAAAUGGCCGGGGAAUCAGAAUCCAACUUGCGUAAGGCCUUCGAGGAGGCAGAGAAAAAUUCCCCCGCAAUCAUUUUCAUCGACGAGAUCGACUCGAUUGCUCCCAAACGCGAAAAGACCAACGGCGAGGUUGAGCGAAGAGUUGUUUCGCAAUUACUUACCCUGAUGGAUGGAAUGAAGGCUCGAAGCAACAUUGUUGUCAUGGCUGCCACGAAUCGGCCAAACUCUAUUGACCCUGCUCUUCGUCGGUUUGGGCGAUUUGAUCGUGAGGUCGAUAUUGGUAUCCCUGACCCAACCGGGCGUCUUGAAAUUCUCCAGAUCCACACCAAAAAUAUGAAGCUCGCCGAGGGUGUAGAUCUCGAACAAAUUGCGGCAGAGACGCACGGUUAUGUUGGUUCCGAUGUUGCUUCCCUCUGCUCCGAGGCAGCUAUGCAGCAAAUUCGUGAGAAGAUGGAUCUCAUUGAUCUCGAUGAGGACACUAUCGAUGCCGAGGUUCUUGACUCUUUGGGGGUUACCAUGGAAAAUUUCCGAUUCGCCCUUGGUGUUAGUAACCCGUCCGCCCUCCGCGAGGUUGCCGUGGUUGAGGUACCCAAUGUUCGUUGGGAUGACAUUGGAGGAUUGGAAGAGGUCAAGCGCGAGCUCAUUGAGUCCGUGCAAUACCCUGUGGAGCACCCCGAAAAGUUCCUCAAGUUUGGAAUGUCCCCAUCUCGUGGUGUUCUGUUUUACGGCCCCCCUGGCACCGGUAAGACCCUUUUGGCGAAAGCAGUUGCGAAUGAAUGUGCUGCAAACUUCAUUUCCGUCAAAGGUCCUGAACUUCUUUCUAUGUGGUUCGGUGAAUCUGAAAGCAAUAUUCGGGAUAUCUUCGAUAAGGCGCGUGCUGCGGCACCUUGUGUUGUAUUCCUUGAUGAGUUAGAUUCAAUUGCCAAGAGCCGUGGCGGAUCUGUGGGCGAUGCCGGUGGGGCCAGCGACAGAGUGGUGAAUAUGCUGUUAACGGAAUUGGAUGGUAUGGGUGUUAAGAAAAAUGUUUUUGUCAUCGGAGCUACCAAUCGUCCCGAACAGGCAAGUUUCACCGUAGUCCACCUAUUUAGAAUUAUUUCGCUAACAAUGCGUAGUUGGACGCUGCACUUUGUCGUCCAGGUCGUCUCGACACUUUGGUCUACGUGCCUUUGCCAAAUGAGGCUUCCAGGGCCGAUAUUCUUAAGGCUCAACUCAGGAACACACCUUGUGCCCCCGACAUUGACCUCAAAUACAUUGCAUCUAGGACUGUGAGUUUGCCUCCCACUUAUUUUUUUAAAUGCUCUGGCUGACCCUUUUCAAGCACGGUUUCUCCGGUGCUGAUUUGGGCUUUAUUACACAACGUGCUGUCAAAUUGGCAAUCAAGCAAGCUAUCACUGCUGAAAUCGAGGCCCAAAAGGAGAGGGCUGAGAGAGGCGAGGGUACCGAUACUGAGAUGGUAGAAGCCGAAGGGGAUGAUCCAGUCCCAGAGCUCACCAAGGCUCAUUUCGAAGAGGCCAUGGCAGUUGCCAGACGUUCAGUCACUGAAGUUGAGGUUAGGCGUUACGAAGCCUUUGCUCAGAGUAUGAAGCAGUCAGGCGGCAUGAGCUCAUUUAGGUUCCCAACUGCCGAGGAGGUUGGCGGCGGGGGUGAGUCAGGGUUUGGGCAGGCUGGCGAAGAUGACGAUCUGUACAAUUAAACAGGUAUUCUCUGGCUGGUUUCCUGGGGGGUGGGAGCAGCAUGCGGUACAAUUAGCACGCUGGGGAAGAUGUGAUUCGUUGGGGCAAUCUGGGUUCGUUUCUUGUUUGGAAAAUCAUGUUCGAUAUAAAAUGAGCUUUUCCUUGCUGCAUGAAGUUUCGAUCCUUCAUGAACUCGUCCUUGUGUUUUUAGCUUUUCUGGUUUUACGGCUCGUUCAUGAUAAUGGAACACUUUGAUGAUAUAG